AUGUCUCACUCAUAUCUAUUCAAAUUCAUAAUAAUCGGUGACAUAGGAGUCGGAAAAUCAUGUCUUCUAUUUCGAUUCACAGACAACAGCUUUAAACCCAUCCAUGACAUAACAAUAGGUGUCGAAUUCGGCAUCAAAUUUAUCAACAUCAAGAAUAAUCGAAUCAAGUUACACAUAUGGGACACAGCAGGUCAAGAAACUUUCAGAUCAAUAACAAGAUCAUAUUAUAGAGGAGCAGCAGGGGCAUUGCUUGUUUAUGAUAUAACAAAGAGAGAAACAUUUAAUCACUUGGCUACUUGGUUAGAAGAAGUAAGAGAACAUGGAAAUUCCAAUACGAUCAUUACAUUGGUCGGAAAUAAGUCUGAUCUCGCAAAGAAACGUGUUGUGAGUACCGAAGAAGCUGAGAAAUUCGCGAAGGAGAAUGGUUUGAUGUUUAUGGAGGUUUCGGCAAAAUCUAGUGAAAAUAUUGAAGAGGCAUUUGUAAAAACUGCUGAAAGUAUAUAUAAAAAGAUUGAGGAUGGAGAUGUUGGUGUGUUGAAUGAGACUCAUGGAAUCAAAGUUGGAUGCGUGUUGGAUAAUCAUAAGAGCCAUUCUUCUUUGGGUAGAAGCUGCUGCAGUUUAAUGUAG